AGAUAUUGUAACCUCAAAGGCAGAAGAUUUGCUCCAGGACUUCAGCAGCCAUCUUUAACUCAACCCAUGGGCGGAGAGAACUUGUUUUGUAGGAUACAGUACAUGCGUGCAUGAACGCAGUUGACAUGAAGAGAGAAAAUGAGUGAGGAUGUAUUUGAGGUCCCUGAGGGGACGGAGUAUCGCUAUCUGGUGCAGGACGAAGAGGAAGAAGAGAUCCAGUACGUCCGACGCCACUAUGUCAGUCCAUUCCUGGUGGUGUCCCGCAGGUGUAUGUUUCUCAUCGGUUGCGGAGUGCUCGCUCUCCUCACUCUGGCAGGAUACCUUGCUUACGUGGCAGAGACUCUACCCCCAGGGCUGGUAGAGGUGAUGACGGAGUGCGGUUGGCUGCGUGGGCAGUGGAGAGGUGGGGCAUACUCUUUCAAGGGCAUCCCAUAUGCUGUACCACCUAUGGGUGUAUAUCGUUGGUGCCCCCCAAAAGAUUUACUGGAGGCGGGUAAGUGUUGGCAUGGGGUGUACGAUGCUACUCGAUUCCGUAGCAUCUGUGCGCAAGUACAGCCGCUCCGAGAAGAUGGACGGGUGAUGGGGCAAGAGGACUGCCUGCAUCUCAGCGUUUGGACGCCAAGCCUUCGGCCCGCCAAACCCAUGCCCGUCAUGGUGUGGAUCCAUGGAGGGUACCUCCGUAUGCUGAGUGGCCAGGAGAAAGGCAACUCCCCAACUGAGGAGCUGGCGGCACGUACACAGACGGUAUACGUCAGUCUGAAUUACAGGCUCAAUGCCUUUGGCUUCAUGGCCCUGGAGGUACUGAGAGAAGGCUCUCCUACCAACUCUUCAGGGAAUUAUGGCUUCAUGGACCAGAUCCAAGCACUUCAGUGGGUCAAGCGAAAUAUCCAUAACUUUGGUGGUGAUGCAGGAAGGGUUACCAUAUUUGGUCAAAGCUCAGGAGGUACAUCGGUUUGGACCUUGAUGAUGUCUCCUAUGGCUAAGGGUCUGUUUCAUCGUGCUAUUGAUAUGAGCGGCUCGUACGUGUAUAAUGCUUCCCUGGAGUCAGCAGAAAAAUAUAACUUAGAAUUCCUGAGGAAAACUGGCUGCAAGGAUGCCAUCUGCCUGAGAGGACUAAACAUCACUCAAGUCCUUCAGGCAAUUCCAUGGCAGCAGUAUCCAUCUUGGGCAGCCGAUGGUCUAACUGAUCUUCCAGUUAAAGGUAGGUUUUUUGGCCCUGUUGCAGUAGUGGAUGGCCAUGUUCUCCAUGACCCUCCGUUUGAGACCUGGGAGAAGGGAGGAAUCUACAAUGAUGUACCUUUUGUGGUUGGGACAACUGAACAGGAAACUGACUUUAGUCCUCCAUAUGAGAACAUCUCAACAUGGACUUGGGGGGACUAUCGGUGGUUUGUGACAAAGAAACUGACCCCUUUUGGAGAGGCUCUGACCAAUCAGGCUCUGAGGCUGUACAACAGCUCCGCGCCAUGCCCGACAUCUGACCGAUGUCCAGAGAGACUCUACACCACCAUGACCUCUGACAUGAGGGUCACCUGCCCCAAUAAUGACCUGGCUAAAAGAGCUGCAGGAGCUUUGAAGAGCCCAGUGUAUCGUUACCUGGUGACUUACACUCCGUCAAGACAAGCAAACGUCUCCAGCUGGCUUCCAUUCCCCAGUCGCUUUGCCUUUCAUCUUCUGGACAGCCUGGCCUUCUUUGGGGGUCUUGAAAUGGUGCUGGGGACCCUGUCACCAGAUGAUGUGAACUUCCAGGAAGUGCUCAGCAAGAAUUUUCUUCAUUUUGCCAAAGAGGGUAAGAUGCCAGAUGAGUGGCCAGAGUUUCCCUCGAAAACUGCCUUGCUGGGGAAAAACAUUUCCGCUGUAAAAAGCUACUCUGGCCAGAGGUGUGACCUGUGGGAGGAGAAUGGCUUCUAUUCAUACGCCUGGAUCAACUGAGCCACAUAAUCCAGACAUCAGACAUAUUGAUCCAUCCACUACAGUUUUAUCCGACAUGAUAAAAGCUUUGUUCCGAAAUGAACAAAGCUUUACUGUGUAAUAAUGCUACAGUAUUGAUACAUUUUAUAGGAGUUUGCUUAGUGUGGAGUGUGUUUUGCAUUCAGAUGUUUCCAUGUGAAUUCCAAAGAAAAAUCACAAAUGAGAUUUCUUUAAUAUUGCAGUUGUUUCUCCUACACAGAAAUAAGAUUAAAUGGAGAGCACAUUGUGAAUUUUGCUUAAGUCUUCUGCUUCUCAGAUUUCUCUCCAGAGAAAACAACCCUAGUAAUGUCACGUGUCUCCCCUAGAGUUUCAGAAUAGAUCUCAACAGUGUCUCAAACUGUGCUCAGAUUUGUCAAGAUACCCAAGACUGCAAUCAAAAUUUCAAUAUGAAAUCAAACUUUUCUCAUCAGAUUCUUUCCAGACCAAAUUAUCUCAGCAAUGCUACCCACAUUAAGUUUAUAGCUCUGUACUCUUACUCUGUCAACUAUUGUCUCAUUUGUGUCCAUUUUUAUUUCUCCUUAAGUAUUUAAAGGAAUAGUUCACCCAAAAAUGAAAAUUCUCUCAUCAUUUAUUCACCCUCAGGCCGUCCCAGAUGUGUAUGACUUUCUU